CAGUAAGUACUUGAACAACAGGAUCCAGAUCCGCCAUGGCUGCCCCUGCACCGGAGACGAUGUACGAUCCAGAGGUGGUGGCGGAGCUUCGGCGCCAGUUCCAAGCGGCCGACACCGACAACUCUGGCGAGAUCGACGCACAAGAGGCCUGCGCUGUUUUCGCCCGAAGUUGUGGAGAUGGAGCUUCGGAAGAGGAGGUGCAGAAGACCGCUGAACGCCUGCGACAUCAACUGGACACCGACCGCUCAGGUACCAUCUCCUUCAAUGAGUACUGCUUUCGGUUUGGCCGCGGCUACCAGAUCGAGCACAAUCGCCGCCGCCGCAACGGAGGUGGAGCUGCUACGGUGGAUCCGGCGGCUGAGAGUGAGAAGCUCAAAAAGGAGAGAGAAGAGUUGGAGAAGGAAAGAGAGGCCAUCAGGCAAGAGCGUGAGCGGCUGAUGCUGGAGCGCGAGCGCGAGGCCUUGCGCCAGGAACGCGAGCAGCUGGAGCGUGAGCGGCAGGCCUCUGGCGCUGGAACUGCCUCCAGCUCGGGCGCGCACCACGCGGAGGGUGCACGGGCGCAGGUGCUGGCUGUGGGCAGCUGGGUGCGUAUCCAGGGCCUGCAAAGUGCACCGGAGCUGAACGGCCGAGAGGCCAAGAUCGUGAGCUUCGAUCAGGCACUGAUGCGAUACGUUGUUGAGCUCCGAGAAGGAGGAUUGAAGAAGAUCAAAGAGUCGAAUUUGGCUGCGGUCGCCGCGGAUGCUUCGACCUGGUUCCAGCGGUGCACCUCCAUGGCAGAGAGGGCGGGGCGAUCGCUGAAACAUGGCUGCGCCAAAGCACAGGUGUGGCUCGCGGAAUCGGGCUAUGAAUGGUGGCAGAUUCUGCUGGGAGUGGCCGUGGUUGUUCUGGUGGUGGUGUCAUGGAUGCAGGCCAGCUCCAGAUAUAGGAGCAAGGCCCCCGGUGCCAGCGCUGGCGGCGCCGGCCGCAGCCGUCCAACACGAUCAUCGUAUCGUGAUGACUAUGAUGACUACAGCUAUCGCGAGGACUAUAGUUCCUCCUACUGGGAUGAUGGUGGUGGAGGCUGGAGCUUCGACUUCGGAGGCAUGCAGAAGUACCUUUUGCUGGGUGGCUUGGCGUUCCUCUGCUGGAAGGGCAUCAUUCCAGUACACCGGAUGGAUUGGUUCCAACUGUACAUGCUCUGGAAUAUGAUCCAAUCCACUGGCAUCUUAGGCGGUGGCGGUGGGCACUACGGCUACGGGCGGAGGAGACGGAUGUUCUUCUAGACCAGGUGGAGGUGCUCCGCACAGCCAGAAACUGCACAGCCGCGGCGUGGCGCCCCUUGCGUCGGCGGGAGGAAAGAGGUGCUUGAGCUGGCAGGCAUUCUUUAGUCGCUGAACUUUCGACGUCGG